AUGGCAGCUACACCAACAGCGCCCGUAGCUGCGAGUUCGACAACAUCACCGACCCUAUCUUCAUCGGUGGCUUUAUCUUCUUCUGGCCCGUCAUCGAGACAUCAAGCGGCCUCCGGUGCAGCGAUGGUUACCAUAACUAACCGAGCGGCUCCGGAAGAUGGAACUACUGUCAAACUGUCCGCAGUAGCUUCCUCCACAAGCGCAUCGUCAUCAUCCUCAUCGACAACCGUUCCUGUUUUACCCGCGUCGGCUUCGGCAGCGAUUUCGGUCGCAGCUGUGGCUGCUGCCACAGGUUCGCUGGCCGGUAUGAAACAUCUCGGUCACAGCACCGCAGCCGGUAAUCACAGGAACAUCAACAACAGCAGUCUUACGUCCCAGCAGCAUCAGCAGCUGCAACAGCAGCAACAAUUUCACCAUCAACCACCACCUUUGUCUCAAUCCCUAGUUCAAGCUCCUCCUCAGCAACAGCAACAACCGAGCGCUUUACCAUCUCAUCCAACCUCCGGAGGCCCACCCAAUUCCCAUCCGCAUGCUCCUCCACCAGCAGGACCUCCGCCCUCCUCCUUUCACCAUCUACCGCCAGUAGGCGUCUCGUCAACUGUAGCGCCUGCUGGUGGACCCGUGGGAGCAGCUGGGCCUCCAAAUUAUCACCAUCAUCACCAUCACCACCACCAGGCAGCGGCAAUGCUAACGCUAGCGGUCAGUAAUCCACCAACGACGCUGCCCCAUCACCACCAUCAUCAUCAGCAGAAUAUCAACUUAAACGUGAACCAUCACGUGAUCUCCGCACCAAUCGUGGUGGACUUUUCCAACAUGACCGUCAACUGUGUUCAGUUAGGGCAAGAAAACCAACAGCAUCAGCAUCCGGUCCAGCACGGCGGUACCAUUCCGCCGACGAUUGGUCCGAGCGGACCAACGCUACCGCCGGGCAUCGGCGGAAGGCUAAAGUAG